UAAUUUUGUUGCUAAAUGUUUCUUAAAACGGAAGCAAACUGAACGACAACGAGGAAGAACCUAACUGAAUUAGUCCAAUAGAAACUCUCGUUUUCGUUGUAAAAAACGCAACUGUUUACAACUGUGUGGACGAAUGAUUACACCCACGGUCUCGUAAAGCAGGAGAUACGCGUUUGCACCGAUACAACUGAAGAGAAAGCAGUACCAAGUAUUAUCGUGCGCCGGAUCAGUGGAACAACAGCGAGCAAAUAGAACGGAAGGAAUGUACCAGCGACGGUGUUCAACUAUUAGAUCAGCAGCUUGAUCAACUGUGUCCGGCGCUGGAUCCGCUACAUUAGGCCUGAUGGAGCUGGGCACUCGCCGAGCGCUGACCACUGAGGAACACCCGCCACACUCUGCCCCCCACUGCCAACCUUGAAGUGAGGGACCCUCUGCUUCUCCCCCCCCUAUCCCCUUCCCUUCUCCCCUCCUCAUCCUCUACUCCAACAUUACCUCCUCUGAUACACCUCCAUCCUCACCCCUCCGUGGUCCUGAGAUGGUGAUGAUGGGGAAGCUGAAGCAGAACCUGCUGGUGGCCUGUCUGGUCAUCAGCUCAGUCACAGUCUUCUACUUGGGUCGUCACGCCAUGGAGUGUCACCACCGCAUCGAGGAGCGCAGCAGCCAGCUUGGGGACCAAGGGGUUCUGGGGGGCCUUCAGGGGCCGGGAGGGGUCCUCCUGGGCGGCUCGUUGGGCUCCUCCAUCCUGCGGGGCUCUGGUCCCGGGGCCCAUAACCUCUCCGCUCCAUUCGUCUACAACAAGGACAUGCCCCUAGUGUUCAUUGGAGGGGUUCCCAGGAGUGGGACCACGUUGAUGAGAGCCAUGCUGGACGCUCACCCAGAGGUUCGUUGUGGAGAGGAGACCAGGGUUAUUCCACGUAUCCUGGCCAUGAAACAGAUGUGGUCGCGGUCGGGGAGGGAGAAGAUGCGUCUGGACGAGGCUGGGGUGACGGACGAGGUCCUGGACGCCGCCAUGCAGGCCUUCCUCCUAGAGGUCAUCGUGAAGCACGGCGAACCCGCCAACUUCCUCUGUAACAAGGACCCCUUCGCUCUGAAGUCCCUCUCCUAUCUGGCUAAGAUUUUCCCGCACGCCAAGUUCGUGCUAAUGAUCCGGGACGGACGCGCCUCGGUCCAUUCGAUGAUCUCGCGUAAGGUGACGAUCGCUGGCUUUGACCUGGGCAGCUACAGAGACUGCCUGACCAAGUGGAACAGGGCCAUAGAGACCAUGUACACUCAGUGCCUGGAUGCCUCAGACAAGUGCCUGCCGGUGCAUUAUGAACAGCUGGUGCUCCAUCCAGAGAAGUGGAUGAGGACGCUGCUCAAAUUCCUGGACAUUCCCUGGAACGAGGCGGUGCUUCACCAUGAGGAACUCAUAGGGAAAGCAGGUGGUGUUUCCCUCUCCAAGGUGGAGAGGUCUACAGACCAGGUGAUCAAGCCGGUCAACGUGGAGGCCUUAUCCAAGUGGGUGGGCAAGAUCCCUGCGGACGUACUGAGAGACAUGCCCGUCAUCGCCCCCAUGUUGUCCCGUCUGGGGUACGACCCCCACGCCAACCCUCCCAACUACGGCCGGCCAGACCCCAAGGUCCUUGACAACACCAGGAGGGUCUUUAAAGGUGAAUUUCAGCUACCUGAGUUUCUAAGAGAACAAUCUCAGCUUCAGAAGACUCCAGAGAAACCUAACCCGCCACAGGUGGAGCCAGACUAGGCAGCGAUGGACUGAGGAAGAUAUACAAUAAACUCAACAUCAUCUUUUGGGGACCUUCGUGCUUUUCCAUGGACACGACUUGAUAUAACCGUGACACACACACACACACACACACACACACACACACACACACACGUUAGCCUGUGUCUGUGGGGACCGGACCACCUUUGCUUGGAGAACUCUUUGGCCUUCGAUGUUGUACUGUAAACUAAUGAUGUGUUUUGUCACUAAAAUGGUGACCAGAGAAUGUUGAUGUUAUGUUUCUUUCUUGCCUAGGGCUGCAAAAUUCUGGCAACUUUCAAAAGAUUCCUAGAUUUUUCCAGAAGAUUCCGGAGUUCAGCAAGAAAUCUGUAAUCCUACAACUAGGAUUUCUGGAAAACAUUUUGAAAUUUGAGGGAAAGUUUGCAGAAUUUUGCAACACUAUUCUUGUCACACCACGCUCAUCUGGAUUUGUAGUUUUUCUGGUUUUCUUCUGGCUAUAAAAAAAAAUCUGUGAUUCUGUUGUAAGAAACUACAGUGGACUUUAAAUGUAAAUCAAAAAAAAAAAGUACAGUAUUUAUAGAUGAAAUUUAGCUUUUUGAAGAUGCUAUAUCUAUUUUAAUGUUUCAUUUUGUUUUUACAUGCCUUUUGUAUCUUACAAGUCCAUGGGUACUGUGAUGUACAAGAUCCUAGUUAAGUAUUGACAGUGAUAAAAGAUAGCAUUUUG